AGGAUCUUUCCAUCGAUCAUUUAUAUCAGACAACACCAACAAUACCAACAACAAUAACAACAACAACAACAACAAAAAAGCAGACGUGCGAUAGAUAGAUAAAAGAUCAAGAUGGCUGUGAAUAUAAACCUCGCAUUGAUGUCCUUGGUGUUUCUGGUGGCAUUUAGUGCCAUUGAUCAUGCCCAGGCCGCAGUUUUUGAUGUGACAACACAUGGAGCAAAGCCUGGAGGAGAUAUAACCGUGGCUUUGACCAGUGCCUGGAAAGAUGCAUGCGCAGCAAGUGGUAAUAACCAAGUUGUGGUUCCAAAAGGGACAUUCAAAUUAGGUGAAGUGAGUUUAGAAGGACCUUGCAAGGGACCUAUUGAAUUCCAGAAUCAUGGCACCGUCCAAGCUCCAGCAGACCCCAGUAAAUUCAAGGAUUUCUGGAUCCAAAUCAUUCAUGUUGAUGGGUUCACUCUGUCAGGGGGUGGAACUUUUGAUGGGCAAGGACAACUAGCUUGGAAAUCAAAUAACUGUGCCAACGACGCCAACUGCGGAGUAUUUGCCGCUAAUUUGAAGUUCAGCUUCCUCACAAAUGCAAUAGUCAAGGACAUAACAUCACUAAACAGCAAAUAUUUCCACAUAAUCUUGUUGGGCUGCAAACACAUGCAGUUAGAACAACUAACCAUCACUGCACCUGCAGACAGCGCCAACACCGAUGGAAUCCACAUUGGACGUUCAUCUUUGAUUAUAAUUAGCGAUAUAAAGAUUGGAACUGGUGAUGAUUGUAUCUCCAUUGGUGAUGGAAGCCAAGGCGUUACUAUCACAAAAGUAACAUGCGGACCUGGCCAUGGCAUCAGCAUUGGAAGCCUUGGAAAAUACAAGGACGAGGAACCUGUGACUGGAAUCACAGUGACCGAUUGCACCAUUACGGAUGCCACAAAUGGCGUGAGGAUCAAGACAUGGCCUGCUAGCCCUAGUCCUGGUACUGCAACCGGUCUGCAUUUCGAGAAUAUUGACAUGACUAACGUGGAGAAUUGUCUCCUCGUAGAUCAAGGAUACUGCCCACAUGGUAUAUGCAAAGCUCAGAUUCCCUCUACGAUCAAGAUCAGCGAUGUUAGCUUCAAGAACAUCCGAGGAACUAGUACAAGUGUAGAGGCUGUCAAGAUAUCUUGUAGCAAGAGCGUACCAUGCGAGAAAGUGCAUCUUGAGAACAUCGACAUUAAAUUCACAGGGUCUGGAGAGUAUAAAGCAAUAUGUGAGAAUGUCAAACCCACAUUUGCUGGAAUUCAGAACCCUCCUGCUUGUACGGGGUCAUCUGCAGAAUGAGCGGGGGCAACAGAACAGCUUAAACAGAGUGCUCCUCAAAACUAAAUGAGUAAUAUUAAUCCUCAAUCGAGGAGCAUUCUCGUGACCAUCAUGUCCAUGCAUCGCUUUAAAGUAAUGCAUGCAGUUAGCAACUAGAAGAAAUAAGAUUUAGUAGAGUCCUCGUCCAUUUCAUGUAAUCGGUUCCACAUGAGUACUUUACCAUUGGUUGUAACCCAUGUUAGGAUGAAUUUAGAUACAUUUAUGAAAAAUUAUAAAAUUAUUGGGACCCA